UACAUGGAUCAAAGACGUGGUUUUGGAAGCGGAGUAAAUAACAUGGUAUGGGUAAUCAAAGGUCUCAGCUGGCCAAACUGGAUCGACAAGUCGCAACAUCAAGGCAAGUUCCCAAAUAACGUAGACGCUGCUGCGGAGUUCGUAUCUCUCAUGGUUCAGGGUGCCAAGGAUUACUCCGGAGGACACCUACCAGCUUAUUUUGAAGUCAUAAACGAACCAGACGCUUCGUGGCAGGCUCUGGACGCAGGGACUGUCAGAAACUUCCACAAAAACUGUCGCUCAAAAGCUCAAAUCAAGAUUUGGCAUCAAGGUGGGAGGUCCAACCUAUACUGGCUAUACAGUCAGAACAGAUGCUAAUAAUUUCCAUGCGUGGGAGAGAACGAAACAGUUUAUGGACAUGUCUCUAGAUCACAUGGACUUCUUUUCCUUCCAUGCUUACAACGAUAUCAAUGUAUCGGGUGGUAGUCAUCACUUUGAAGGCUUCAACGAAGCACGUCUGGUUGCCUUCAUUGACAUGAUAGAGAACUAUUCUCAUAUAAAGAAAGGAAAGAACGUUCCUUUAAUUAUCAGCGAGUUUGGCAGAGGCGGAGUUCAUGGAAUCAGUCAGGAAGCCCACUCGGGAAUUGUAGAUUUUGGUACUUUAUACCUAGGAUUUGGACAAAUGUUUACUUAUCUGAACCUGAGAGAGUUUAUGGAAAGAGCAAUUGUUUUCCUUCUAGCCAAUGAGCAAUAUCCAGGUCAUAACAGUCUCAACUGGUCCCUGUUCACGAAGGAUGGGCAUGAAACAGCACUUGCAAACUACUUCCGUUUCUUUCAAAAUUUGUACUACGAUCAGAAGUUUCUUAGAGUUGAAAGUACGUACACCGGAUGGGAGAGAGUAGUUUCCCCUCUUGCCCUUGCAAACCCAAAUAACAAAGAUGUUAUGGUACUCCUUUAUAACUACGGAAAGCAAUGGCAGAAUGUAAAGCUGGACUUCCAGAAUGGCUGGAUCCACCCAACAACAGGUGUGUCUACUUGCCUUCAGUACCAGAAUGGCAAACCAGUAAUGCACUGGAACGUCCACUUUGACACCAGCAAGAACAAUGGGAAAGUCGGUCUCCCAGGAGAGGGUGUCUGUUACUACAAGUUCGGCACCAACUACAACUUUGGAGGCGUCAAGACUAACAAUGAGAAUACCUACUAUGGAAAGAAUAUGGUCAUCCCUAUUAGUAACGGACAUGCGCAAACCACAAUUCAGGUACCGGGAUCCGGCUUCCAUACUGCACGUCUUAGGAUCGGUGUAAGCAGAAGCAAGAGCGCAAACGGAAAACCCACUGUAACGUUUAAUGGGUAUACAUUGUCAUCCAGCUACAACCUGUACGAUUCAGACAAGAACAACGCCCCGACCAAGUGGGAAUUGUGGGAAUUCUCAGUGCCUGCAAAUAGAGUUCAUUCUUCCAAUACAAUCGGUAUGUCCUUGGGAGGAAAUGGAGGUCAUAUUAGCUCUGUCGCACUGGUUGUUGGACACCUUCAAUAAUAAAGAGUAUUGCAAAA